AUGGCGGGAGGAAUGAAAGUGGCGCCGGCGCCGCCGGUCGCUUCCCGGUCCCCGGGCUGGGGGCCCCGGGGCGGCGGGGCGGCCUGGCUGCGCUUGCUUCUCGGCGGCUGCCUCGUCUGCAGCGCAGCUGGAAUUGAAGUACAAGUGGUGAUGCUGCAAGAAUCCCGAUUUUAUUAUGAGACCAGUAGUCAGCAGUUCUGUUAUAAGAACACUCUUGUCCCAAGGUGGCACGAGUUAUGGACCCGGGUGACGAUUCGGGUAAAUAGCUCCAAAGUGGUGAGAGUUACGCAAGUGGAAAAUGAGGAGAAGUUGAAAGAACUGGAGCAUUUCAGUCUCUGGAACUUGUUCUCCUCCUUCCUGAAGGAGAAGCUGAAUGACACCUAUGUCAAUGUGGACCUCUACAGCACCAAGGUCUGCCUCAAAGUCGAGGUCCUUGAGAAGGACACGGAGUACAGCAUCAGCCUGUCCCGAAGAUUUGACCCCAAACUCUUCCUAGUUUUCCUCCUUGGACUUUUGCUUUUCUUUUGUGGGGACUUAUUAAGCAGAAGUCAGAUUUUCUACUACUCCACUGGGAUGAGCCUGGGGAUUUUGGCCUCUCUGCUAAUUUUAAUUUUCCUGAUGUCCAAGUUCAUGCCCAAGAAAAGUCCUGUCUACAUCAUCCUAGUUGGAGGCUGGUCCUUUUCUCUGUACCUGAUACAGCUGGUUUUCAAAAACUUACAAGAAAUCUGCAGGUUUUAUUGGCAGUAUCUUUUAAGCUAUGUCCUCAUAGUUGGAUUCAUGAGUUUUGCUGUGUGUUACAAGUAUGGACCCUUGGAGAAUGAACGCAGCAUCAACCUGCUGACCUGGGCCUUGCAGCUGACAGGCCUGUUGCUCAUGUAUUCUGGUGUGCAGAUACGGCAGAUUGCCUUUGCCCUUAUCAUCGUUGCAUUCUGCACUAAAAACCUGGAAUACCCCGUUCAGUGGAUUUACACCACCUACAGAAAGGUGUAUAAGGCAGCAGAAAAGCCGAUACCCCCUCGUCUCCUGACAGAAGAAGAAUACCGCAUUCAAGGGGAAGUGGAGACCCGAAAGGCCCUGGAGGACCUCCGAGGCUACUGCAGCAGCCCAGAGUUUUCUGCUUGGAAGGCCAUCGCCCGCAUCCAGUCACCCAAGAGGUUUGCUGAUUUUGUGGAAGGAUCUUCUCACCUCACACCACGUGAAGUUUCUGUCCAUGAGCAAGAAUAUGGACUGGGGAGCAAUUUUGCAGAGGAUGAGCUGUUUGAGGACAUGUCAUUUGAGGAAGAGGACGAGGAGGACCUCAUGUGUAGCUCAGUCAUACAGAACCAUUUAGUGUCUUAGGUGGCAUCUUGGUAUUUUCACAUAGACUGAAUUAAUUUCAAGGUGGCCAGAACUUUAACACUCUAUGUGUGUGUGUACACUUGUUUCCGGGCCAUCUGAAAGUGGCAUGAGAUGCUGCAAAGUUGCUGCUUUAGAGGCCUGAUGGGCAUCCCUUCUGAACCCUGGUUGGUGAUCUGUGUGAGGAUCUUAUGGGAAGCUAGGGGUUGAGUCAACUAACCAAAGAAUGUGGGCACUUCCUUCUAGAUCAAGUGAGCUGUGCCUUCACCCUCCUCUCCCACUGCAGGCCUUCUUGCCCAUGGUGUUCAUGCCAGUGCUUUGAUAGCCCUGGCAUUUUGUCGAUAUCUUCUCUACACAAGGAUUUUGUGUGCAGUUUGGCCCAUCGAAGUGCUUUUCUGUGUGGUUGGCACUGAGGACCACCAUUCUUUAUAAGUGCAGAAAUGUGUUCAGAUAGAGGGUGGGGAAAUUUUCUCAAUCUCUGCUUCUUUAUAGGGAAAUCUACAGGUCUUUGGAAACUUCCUCUACUGCAUUGGUGGUUUCAGGAUGAGAUUUUUAUUUGGCUGUUUUGAGGAGAAGAUGCACUUCUUUCUCUUGGCUUUUGACUGAACUGCAUUUAAAUUAAAAAUAGUUCAUGCUUCAGAGUGGCAAGAAUCAUUGGAUCACACUAUCAUACUUGUCAGCCAUUUUAAGCCUCAUAAAUCACAAUGCUUCAAAUUUUGAUUAAUUCCCUCUGGUUAUAAGAGAUUUUUUUUAACGGUUCUUUGUAGAACUUUACAUUCCAUCUAAUGGUAUCAGUUUUCAUUCCCUUCCUUUGUUCCUCCCUCCAGGAAUUGUCUAUGGCUUUCCCCUUGAAGUAGUUACAGUUCAUUUUUUCAUCUGCAGUUUUGUCGGUCUUUUUUCCCCAGAAAAACCAUUUAGCUUUGUCUGGGCCAGUUGGGGUGGUAGAGGCAGUGUGUAAUUUUGUUCUGAAAAUUUAAAUACUUUUUCCCACCAGUUCCCCAUUUCUCCCCUCAGGGGCCGCAUGCCUUUGAGUCACCAGAGAAAUCGCUCAGUAUGCUACCCCGUCUUCCUCUUUCUUUUCCUGUUUAGUUCAUCUCCCCUCCUCCUUCCCCAGUGCAGUCUAUGGGAGCCAGUGGAAGAGGCAUCAUCUAGUCUAUGGUCUUCUCAGAAGAGAAUUUUUCUGCCAUGUGCCUUCGGAAUGGGGGAGUGGAGGUGAGGAAGUAGUUAUAGUACUGCCAGGAAGAGCUUCAUGAUUAAAAAAAAAAAAAGAAUCCCAAGCUAUUCAGCCGCCACCAUUCA